AUAAAAGAGAAAAAAAAUGAGAGGAGCGGAAGAAGCGAGGAGAAACUACCCAACUUCCAAGGCGCUCAAGGUUUGCAUCGUUGGUCCAAAAUGCAGCGGCAAGACGGCGUUGGCGAGGGCCCUGGCUGGAGCGCCAUGGGAAUCUGGGCGACGAUACACACCCACCGUGGGAGUCAGAAUCCAGGAAGUCUCGAUCAAUAAAAACACAACUUUGGAGCUCUGGGACUGUUCUGGAGACGCAAGAUAUGAAGCUUACCAUCCAGCAGUAGCCAGCAACGCAGAAGGGCUUAUCCUUGUUUACACCUUGUCCCAACCAAAGCAGAAGCUAGAACUGGAGAAAUGGUACCACGAUUUCGCUGCUGCAAACCAUCUGCCAGCGUCCGUGUGUCAGAUAAUCGGCGUUGAUACGGGAGUGAACAAUUCCAAAGCAUCUGGUAAGGCAUCUGCGAUGGAAGGCCGGCUUGCGGCUCUUCCACACAUGGUAUUGGUGCUCAAGAAUCCAGAGGCAAAUGCGCAGCUGCUCCAUGUACUGGAUGGCCUCCUGCAGAACAUUCUUAAACGCAAGAGAUCCCAGGAAUGAAGUCGAGAAUCGAGAAAGAGAGAGUCGUUAAUUACAGCGCCGGAUACAAGUGUUAGAACCAGUCACGGAAGGAAUGUAGCUACGCACGCACAUAUACGGUGAAACCUUUGAUAUCCGGCAGGAAGAGAGUAAAUUGCGGUGUUUAAGUCCUCCUCUGUAAUAACACUCUGUGUUCUCCU